AUGAUCUUCGUGCUCAAGCUGGCGUGGCUGGAUCCGGAUCUCAAGAACUUUGAGACCACGCUCACACUGCGGAGGCCCACUCAGCCAAUGGAGGAGUCUUUAGUGUGGUGCAAGUUUGUGGUUUUGGCUUCGCCGGGCCUGGAAAGGAGCGUCUUGAUCACCAAGAAGUACGCCAACGGCGACAUCGAGUUCGUGGACCUGUCGGCGCCCCACAGGGAGCUCAGGAAGCGCGAUGAGUAUGUCGCACUGCAAGAUCCCGACUGGAAAAGGUACUUUUUUCCGACCUACUCCUUCUUGAAUCUGCAGGAUGAAGGCAAGAGCCUCCUGGAGACGACGGCCUUGCUGUGGUGCGACGCAUCAGGUGGGUUUGUCUCCUAUUCUGUCAAGUUCGACGGCGCCUUUCAGGAGGGUCUCGAGUUGCAGAGCUUCCCACUGGAUCGCCAGCUCUGCAGGAUCACGAUAUCGGCUGAGAAGCCGGUCCAGGAGUUUCAGCCACCUGUCAUAAAAGGUACCGACGACGACAUACAGCAACGGUGCACGGUCUACACGCGCCACUGUGACAGGAACUUCCCCUAUGAAGUGCAGCGGUCCUGCGUCAGAGCCCUUUUCCACCUGCAGCGCAAAGGCGACUACUACUUUCACAGCGUUCUGGUCAUGGUCUUCCUCGUGAAUGUCAUCAGCCUCUGCGCGUUCUCCAUUCCCGUGGACGACGCGAGCGGCCGGCUCGGGCAUCUGAGCACCUGCUUCCUGGCCGUGCUUGCGUAUCGCUACGUCAUCGACGACUCGCUGCCGCGUAAGGAGUACCUCACGGCUGCGGACAUGUACAUCAUCUUUGCUUGCAGCUUUCAAGUGGCCAUCUGCGUUGAGACGGUGAUUCUGGUCAUCCUCGAAGCGCAACUUGAGGCUGAAGAGGAGGACGCCACGGACACGUAUCGGUCCCUUGACGUUUCCUUUGGGCUGGUGCUGUCUCUAGUGUGGCUGAGUACAAAUCUUUACCUGCGAUGGCUGUGGACAUCAGGGAAGAGACAGGAAUCUUGGCAGAGUGUGUACCACAAGAACAAGGAGCCCUAUGCGCCCACCGAUGAGUGUCUGGCCUGUGGACACCAUCGCCUCAGCAAGCAGUGCCAGCACAGCAAUCCUGACAAGUGCUGCGAAACUUGCGUGCUUGAGCAUACCCUUUUAUCUUAA